AUGUCUGGCUUCGAAGUGGUCGGACUGAUAUUAGGGCUGUAUCCGGUCAUCGUCGAUGCCGUCGACUACUGCAGAAGAGUGAGAUCGGGAGAAAUCAUUCACGAUCUGCUGGAGGAGGUUCGCGCCGAGAAAGUCAUCUUCUGUAACUGGAUUCAACAUCUCUGCGUCUCCCAGCUUUCAGGGACUGAUCUACAGGGGAUCUUGGACAAGAAUUCAGAGAUAUUCGGUUUAUGGGAGAAUGACGGGUUUCUGACGAGCCUGAUGGCUUCGCGCGACACUGAAGCCACCAAGUCGAUUGCCGCAACUCUGAUCGACAUCCAUGCCGAGUUGCAACACAUUCACCAAUACUUGGAGAGGAUAAACCCAGUUCCUGUCGACAUGAGGGCCGUCGUCAAGGCUAAGAUCACCGCGCUCAGGUCGAGUUUAGACAGCUCAGGGCUCAAGAGGCGCGUGAGGAGGAUUCAUCAUCUCAACGAGAGGUUACGUCGGGUUAUCGAUUCCGCUCCAGAGCGCAAAUACCCGCAAGGCCAUUUGCCCGUGCCUACCCUGACGACUGCCUCAUGCGCGACCUUUGCCACAGGCGUCUUCCGAGCAGUCGAAAGUCAUUUUCGAUGCUGUUGCCAACGUGCCCACGCCACGAGGUUGCAAAUUCCCAUGAUCAAGCAUCUAGAACAUCAAAAUACUCUGGCUCGGAGGCCGCCAUUGCAACUUUUGUUUUCCGUCAACGACGACACCUCCUCAGUCAAGUACGACAGCGCUCAGUCACUUUCAGUUAGCAUGAGCAACUUAUCUUUUUCAGGCGAGACAUCAGUCUCUUCAUUAAAAUCGCAAAACACCGACAACGAGCAUUCUCAGGGAGAUUAUCCGCUGUCAUCCGUGCAGAGCAACCACUCUCUCACCAGCUCUGUUACGCUGGUGUUCAGUCCGAAAUGCUAUUCGGUGUCGGUGACAGAAUGUGAAGUAGGGAGCGGUGAUGAGAUAGUGGACAUAUGUUCGUCCAUUCGCUCGCUUGAGCAAGAAUCAGAUAUUCUUCUCAAAAGGCAGAGCCUCGGGUACUUGCGAGCGACUGACGACGUUGGCUAUGAGCUUCAGUCUCCAAAGCCCAUAGUCGAGGGAGACUCACGGUGCAUUCUAUCGCUGGAAGAUUUGUUUUCUGGAGAUCACAUCAAACUAGCACGUCGGCAUCGGAUCCACCUGGCCCUUCAGUUGGCAUGGGGCGUUACUCAACUUCUUCAGACUCCUUGGAUCGACGCGAAUUGGACGUGGAGCGACUUUUCAGCAAUCACAAAUCGACAGCAAGGUCUGAUUGAUGACAGUCUGUUCAUUACGAAACAGUUCCAGUCCCUCGGAGGUUCCGAUAUAUUAAGCGCGCCCGGCGGAAGAAUGGCGCCUCAGUCUCUCAGGAUACUUUUGCCUGAGCCAGUUCUCGCUCGCCUAGGCUAUGCAUUGAUAGAGCUGGCCUCUGGCAAGCGUCUUGCCGGUCUGCAGGAACCAAGUGGCCCAACAAGCCCAGACCGUGAUGUGCAAGAUUUCUUAACUGCUCGCCACCUCUUAGACACUGGUUUCGUGGUCGACCAGGAGUGUCAAGCUUAUAGCAACGUGGUCCAUGCUUGUCUGUACCAGGAAGUGAAGCGAGAGGGAGGCUAUGGCGCGAAGAAGCUGAAGUCACAGGACCCGUCGUUCGAGAGAGAUAUGACUCGGGCUAUUGUGCAGCCUCUUUACCAUCUUUGCAGCAGCUCGUGGGGAGGCCCAUUGGUAGCAGUGACGGCGUUUUAA